UACUGAGGAGAGCCUCGCCGCCUUUCGCAACCUCGCCUUCCCCAAGCAGCUCACGGCCCUCGAGCAGUACUUGGGCGCUCAAUUGACGGAGCCCAAGACUGCUCUGCUCGCCGUCGGCCGCAAGUCGGGACAAUGCGAGGCAGGAAACACGCAGAAGCGCCAGGCCUGCUGCCGCUCAACCUACUACGAGCCAGCCGAGGCCGAGCGCCAGCCCUUCGUGGCUGUCCAGGAUGUCUUUUGCAGCAAAACCAUCGCAAGCCCGCCAAGCAGCUGUUCCUGCACAUCGAUGAGUCUCUCGGGCGAGGCCUUCGCGUCAUUGCCUAUCACACCAAGAAUGACUACGUUUGGUCCCCUGACCACCACACCCCGCCUUCGUCGGAGAAGGAGUUCGGCCGUCGAAACUAUGUGUGGAAGACUUUCACUUGGGAUCAAGAUGGCCAAAUGCUUGCGGCGGUUUCGAAGGGCGGUGGUAAGAAGCGGACAGUCAUCAUCGAGGAUUGCAUUAUCGAGGUAGUAGAACUCGUGCAUACCUCAAACGGCCAUGCAGGAUGGGACACCACAUGGAGGGAUGUUAAUCACUCCUCUUAACGCAUCAUGCGAGCAGACGUGAUCUUCCUGCUUAAACGGUGGGACAUUUGCGUAUCGAA